AUGUCGUCGAGAAGCGGUACGAGAAGACGUUCGUCCAGCCGGGAACGUACGCGUGAAAGUGACAAGUAUGACAGGAAGAGACAUCGCGACGAUUGCAAGAUCGAUGAGCGCAGCUUGUCAAGAACCGAUCGAGAAACGCGUAAAUCCUCGUCCUCGACGAGUCGUCGUGAAGAGAGCGACCAAGAUUUCUACUUUAGUAACUACAAACACGAAUUGAAUAAGAUUUUUACAGCAAAUUCAAAUCUCAUUCACGACGUUGUGGAUUUUUGGAAAUUCGUCGAGAAAUACGAGUCUGUCAAGAAGCAAUUGGGUGAUAGCGAGGAAUCUGCAGCUGAUUCCUCUUUAAAUUCCAUCGGAGUGCCAGAAAAAUAUCACAAGUCUCAUUGUCUAAAUUUUAAGCUUAAUUUGUCAUAUGGAGAAUUAUUUGCGCGAGUCCCCGAAGUGAAACAGCUGACAAAGUCUCGACUGCUAAAGUUCAGAGACGUAAUAGUCUUAUACUUGGAUUUUAAGCAAAAGGAAAAAUUGAGCAAAUUAAGAAAACUCAGGGACACGCAAGCUAAUUUACCAGUCGCACGAUAUAAAGAUGAAAUUAUCGAGACGGUAAAAAAAGAAAAAGUGAUCAUUAUAGCAGGAGACACAGGUUGUGGGAAAUCUACUCAAGUACCUCGAUACUUGUAUGAAGCUGGUUUUCGAAAAAUAGCAUGUACACAACCUCGAAGAAUAGCGUGUAUCUCAUUGGCAAAACGUGUCGCUUUUGAAACACUGAGCGAGAACCUUAGCAGAGUUGGAUAUCAGAUACGUUUCGAAAAACAAAAAAACCAAGAAACAAAUAUUACGUUUAUAACUGAAGGUUUAUUGUUACGACAAAUGUCAGGUGAAUUAGCACUAUCUUCGUAUGAUGUGAUAGUUUUGGAUGAAGUGCAUGAGCGUCAUUUACAUGGAGAUUUUUUAUUGGGCAUUAUGAAAUGCAUUAUUUAUCAAAAACCUGAUUUAAAAUUGGUAUUAAUGUCUGCCACUAUUAAUAUAGAGCUCUUUAAUAAUUAUUUUGCAAAAGAAGAUGUUAAAAUAAUAGAAGUUCCUGGAAGAUUAUAUCCUAUUCAAUUGUUUUACCGUCCUGUAACUGUAGAAGAUAUCAGAUAUAAAAAUGAUCGUUUUAAUCCAAGUCCAUAUGUACAAAUAAUGCAAAUAAUUGAUCAAAAAUAUCCAGCCAAUGAAAAGGGUGAUUUAUUAAUAUUCUUGAGUGGAAUAAGUGAAAUUACUGCAGUCGUAGAUGCUGCCAAGGAAUAUAGUACAAAGAAGAAUAAUUGGAUAGUUCUACCACUUCAUAGUACUCUUUCCAUCAUUGAACAAGACAAGGUAUUUGACUAUGCACCUGAAGGUGUUAGAAAGUGCAUUGUUGCAACUAAUAUUGCAGAAACUUCCAUUACUAUUGAUGGAAUCAGAUUUGUCGCCGAUAGUGGAAAAGUGAAGGAAAUGAGUUAUGACCCAUCAUGUAAAAUGCAAAGACUGAAAGAAUUCUGGAUAAGUAAAGCUAGUGCAGAACAGAGAAAGGGAAGAUCAGGCAGGACUGGACCCGGAGUUUGUUACAGAAUUUAUUCAGAGGAAGACUAUAAGAUAUUGGAAAAAUAUUCAACGCCAGAAUUACAACGUGUACCCUUAGAUUCUUCGUUGUUACAAAUGAUAGCAAUGGGACUUCCUGAUGCGCGAAAGUUUCCAUUCAUAGAGCCACCACCAGCCAACAGUCUAGAAAACGCUAUAUUAUCCUUAAAAGAUCAUAGUGCACUCACAGAUAAUGAAAAAAUCACGUGUAUUGGUAAAACCUUGGCUCGGCUACCCGUUGAUAUUACAAUAGGAAAAAUGUUAAUAAUGGGGUCCAUUUUCCACCAAGUAGAACCUGUAUUAUCAUUGGCUGCUGCUCUAAGUAUACAAACACCAUUCACAAAUAGAGCAUACAGAGAUGCAGAAUGUGAGACAUCUAGAAAAAGAUUAGAAUCUGACCAUGGUGAUCCAAUUACUUUACUGAAUGCAUUUAAAGAAUGGCUAGAAGUGAAGCAAGAAAAUUCUCAAGAAUAUAGAGGUGGCAGUAACAGUAGUAGAAAGUGGUGUCGAAGAAGAGGUUUAGAGGAACAACGAUUCUACGAAAUGAUAAAAUUAAGAACUCAAUUUAAAGAAUUACUUCAAGACUGCAAAUUACUCAAAAGUCUUCCAGAACCAAACUCUUCCAUGACAAGUGCAGAACGUGCGAUAAGACAUGGAGAACUAAAACUUUUAAAGUCCCUCAAAAGAACUUACAAGCAAAGUGAAUCUAGAAAACGUAAACAAUUAAAAGUAGAAACGUUUGAUAUACAAUUGGAAGAUAAUGAUGAUGAAAAUGGAGAGCUCGACAUAAAAGAUAUAGAAUUUCGAAUGAAAAAUGAUUCGAGUCAAGUACAGAAUCUUUUGACAGCGUCUACCGCGUGUAGUUAUAAAGAUCUAACAAUGUUGAAGUUGAUAUUAUGCAGUGGUUUAUAUCCACAGUUUGCUUGUGCUGAUGAGUAUAAUUAUUGCAAGUCUAUGAGUGAGCAAUUAUUUCAUACAAAAGCAAAACCCUAUGUUGCAUUGCAUCCAAUGAGCUUUUUUGGAAAUCAUCAGCAACUUUUGCAAAUUGAAGAAGCGGAUAUAAUAUCGAUACCAGGAUUUAAAAGUAAAAGUCCUGUUAGCUCUAAACAUCAGAUAUUGGCAUAUCUAUCCCUCUUGGAAACUACAAAACCAUAUUUGGUAAAUACUUUGAGAAUGCCUGCCGCACAAACAUUAUUGCUAUUUGCACGUGAAAUAGAUACAAAUAAUAUAUUCUCCUUAAUAGCAUGCGAUUCAUGGCUCAUGUUAGAAUUUCCUGUUCCUGACAGUGGUCAGACUUUAUUAAUGAGAGCGACCAAAUUGAGAAAUAAAUGGGAUUUCUUAUUAAAUCAGCAAUUACAAGGAUCUGAUGAUGCAAACAAUGAAAUGAAAGAUUUUAGUAAAAUUGAGCAAAAUCUUACUCAAGAACUGAUAGAAUAUAUGCACACUACAGUACCGUAUACGAUAAAACGAUUGUUACCGGCCGACUUAAAAAUGAUAUAUGUUGGCAAUGGCAAUAAUGAUACAUGCAUAGAGCCUAAUCCUUUUCAAGCUGAUUUUAAGAGUGUAGCAAAUAUAACUAAAGGUGGAGUUCAUAUAACAGACAAUAUUACAUAUAAUUGCUUAAAGGAAACUGAUUGGAGUGAACACCUAAUUACAGAAAUGCGCGAAACUGAAUGGCAUUGUCAAAAUUGUGAUUUUCAAGCAAUCCUAUCAAAUAUAGAAAAACUUCAGCAUCAAAACUGUUGUAUAAUCGCAAAUGCAGCCAAUAUUGAAAAAGAAAGUGAAAAUAUCAUGCGUAAACCUAAUAGUCAAGCAUAUGAAUGUUCUGAUUGUUCACAAAUAUUAUAUCUCACACCUAUUGAGAUUUUGAAGCAUAAGAAAUUACAUAUUAAAACGAACUAAGAUAUCUAUAGCACUGGAUUGUAUAUAAAUAUAUUUAUUAAA